AAUCGUUUCUUCGGAAGUUACAAUUCCAACUACAAUACCAGCCUCACUUCCCAAAUCCCUUCCCUCUCUCUCCCUCUCUUUCAGCAGCUUCGACCUCCGAGAGAGAGAGAGAGAGAGUGUGAUGGAGAUGACGCUCAGCUUCUUCCACGGCUCGACCUUCUCAACGAUGAGCCCUAACCUUCCUAGUCCUAGUCCUAGAAGAACCGCUUUUGCUUCUUCACUCUCUAACCAAUUCUUCGGCCUCGGCCACGGCCUAUCUUCUUCUCCAACCUCCAAACCAGCCCUCAAUUUCCGUUCCAAAAUUCCCUGUCAAGGACCUAUCAAAUGCUCCGUUUCUCAAGCUCCUGAAACCACCUCCUCCGAGAAGAAGAGCCAAUUGAUGAGGAGAGGUGACGUAAGGAAUAUAGCAAUUGUUGCUCAUGUAGAUCAUGGAAAGACAACUUUGGUUGAUUCUAUGUUGAGGCAAGCAAAGGUUUUCCGUGACAACCAAUUUGUACAGGAAAGGAUAAUGGACUCAAAUGAUCUAGAGCGUGAAAGAGGAAUUACAAUACUAAGCAAAAAUACGUCUAUCACUUAUAAAGAUACAAAGAUCAAUAUAAUAGAUACUCCAGGGCACUCUGACUUUGGAGGGGAAGUGGAACGCAUCCUCAAUAUGGUGGAAGGGGUUCUUCUAGUGGUAGAUUCUGUUGAGGGUCCAAUGCCUCAAACAAGAUUUGUUCUAAAGAAGGCCCUAGAAUUUGGCCAUGCUGUCAUUGUUGUGGUCAAUAAGAUUGACAGACCUUCUGCUCGUCCUGAUUAUGUCAUCAAUUCAACUUUUGAACUCUUUAUUGAAUUAAAUGCGACGGAUGAACAGUGUGAUUUCCAAGCAAUAUAUGCAAGUGGUAUUAAGGGAAAGGCAGGAUUGUCACCUGAAAAUUUGGCAGAAGAUCUUGGCCCACUUUUUGAGACUAUAAUCAGAUGCAUACCUGGACCACGUAUUGAGAAAGAUGGUGCACUGCAAAUGCUUGCUACAAAUAUCGAGUAUGAUGAACAUAAAGGACGAAUAGCCAUUGGACGCUUGCAUGCUGGAGUUCUGCGCAGAGGAAUGGAUGUGAAGGUAUGCACCUCAGAAGAUUCCUGUAGAUAUGCAAAAAUUAGUGAGCUUUUUGUGUACGAAAAAUUCAGUAGGGUUCCUGCAGAGAUUGUGGAAGCUGGUGACAUUUGUGCUGUCUGUGGGAUUAGCGAUAUACAGAUUGGCGAGACGAUUGCUGAUAAAAUAUCUGGAAAGCCUUUACCUGCAAUUAAGGUGGAAGAACCGACUGUCAAAAUGGCUUUCUCUAUAAAUACUUCUCCUUUUGUUGGGCGUGAGGGAAAGUAUGUUACUAGUAGAAACUUGCGCGAUCGGCUCUCCCGUGAACUUGAGCGUAAUUUGGCUAUGAGAGUUGAUGAUGGAGAAACGGCGGAUACAUUCAUUGUUAGUGGUCGUGGUACUUUACAUAUCACCAUACUGAUAGAAAACAUGCGAAGAGAAGGAUUUGAAUUCAUGGUGGGACCCCCAAAAGUUAUUAACAAAAAGGUGGAUGACAAGCUGCUGGAACCAUAUGAGAUUGCCACUGCGGAGGUGCCAGAAGAACACAUGGGGGCUGUGGUUGAACUUCUCGGCAAAAGGCGUGGGCAGAUGUUUGAUAUGGAAGGGGUUGGGUCGGAAGGAACAACACUACUUAAAUAUAAAAUUCCAACACGUGGCCUUCUUGGAGUUCGAAAUGCAAUUUUAACAGCAUCUCGUGGGACAGCAAUUCUCAACACAAUAUUUGACAGCUAUGGACCUUGGGCUGGUGACAUUAGUACCAGGGAUCAGGGUUCGCUGGUUGCCUUUGAGGGUGGAACAACUACUUCUUAUGCCCUUUUUAGUUCACAGGAGAGGGGGCAGAUGUUUGUUGGUCCUGGGUCAGAGGUUUACAAAGGUCAAAUAGUCGGCAUUCAUCAGCGGCCUGGGGACUUGUCCCUUAAUGUGUGCAAGAAAAAGGCUGCAACAAAUAUACGCUCCAACAAGGAGCAAACAGUGGUUCUUGAUACUCCAUUGGAUUAUAGCCUGGACGACUGCAUUGAGUACAUUCAAGAGGAUGAAUUGGUGGAGGUCACCCCAUCGAGCAUCCGAAUGUGCAAAAACCCGAAGAUCACAAAGAAGACAAGAUAGGCAUUAAAGUGUUGACGUAUACAUAACAGCAUCCUUGGAAAACUCAUCACAAUUUUUCAUCGAAGCCGCAUACUUUUGCAAUUAGAUAUCUCCUUUCACACCAUCUGGUGCCACUUUUAGUUCUCUCUCUCUCUCUCUCUCUCCACAUCCCAAAUUCAUCCGGUCUUACAUUAAUGUUACUGACUCGAAUCGUCGAGAUAAAAAGGUACAUGAAGUUUUGCUUACUAGUAUGAUGGCUGUAUAGAACGAUGUGAUACGUUAAAAAUUGUUUGACA